CGGCGGAACCUGGGGUGCGCGCUCGGAGUUUCCGGGGAAGAAGACAGAGCAGGACCCGAGCGCGACUGUUUCUAGGGUCGCGAAGGAGACGAUGGCCGUGCGGGUGUGGGGGCUGCGGCUCUGGCGGGCCGCCCCCGGCAGCGGGGCCGGCUGGAGAUUUAUAGCAACAUCCCCUGCUUCUCAGCUGUCACCGACGGAGCUGAUAGAAGUGCAGAAUGAGCUCUUCAACAAAGAGAAAAACAGGCAGCUAUCAUUAACUCCCCGAACUGAGAAGAUUGAAGUUAAAUACGUUGGGAAAGCUGACCCUGGCACUAUCUUUGUGAUGAAUAAAAACAUUUCAACUCCUUACAGUUGCGCCAUGCAUUUAAGUGAGUGGUACUGCAAGAAGUCGAUUCUGGCUCUUGUGGACGGACAGCCUUGGGACAUGUAUAAGCCUUUGACCAAGUCCUGUGAAAUUAAGUUUCUUACUUUCAAAGACGAUGAUCCUGGAGAAGUCAAUAAGGCUUAUUGGCGUUCUUGUGCCAUGAUGAUGGGCUGUGUGAUAGAGAGGGCAUUCAAGGACGAAUACAUGGUCAGUCUGGUCAGAGCUCCAGAAGUUCCAGUAAUUGCUGGAGCCUUCUGCUAUGAUGUGGUUUUGGAUAAGAGACUUGAUGAGUGGAUGCCAACAAAAGAGAACUUACAUUCUUUCACAAAAGAUGCUCGUGCUUUAAUUUAUAAAGAUCUUCCAUUUGAAACUCUGGAAGUUGAAGCAAAAGUGGCAUUAGAAAUAUUUCAACACAAUAAGUACAAAUUAGAUUUUAUAGAAGAGAAGGCAUCUCAGAACCCAGAGAGAAUAGUCAAGUUACACAGAUUUGGUGACUUCAUUGAUGUGAGUGAGGGCCCUCUUAUUCCAAGAACAAGUAUUUGUUUCCAGUACGAAGUAUCAGCAGUUCAUAAUCUUCAAGCCACCCAGUCGAGUCUUGUACGAAGAUUCCAGGGUCUCUCUUUACCUGUGCACUUAAGAGCACAGUUUACAAUAUGGAAUAAACUAUUGGAAAGGUCUCGGAAAAUGGUAACUGAAGAUCAAACUAAGCCUACAGAGGAAAGUGCAUCUACCUAGUAACGUCCUCAAAUUUAAAUAUGUAUAGUAAAUUAAAAUAAAAGUUUUCUAUGUAAUGUUUGUGUGUGCUUAUAAAAUUAACUUUUUCUCCCUAAGAUAUAUACUGAUGUUUACUUUUUCCUUUCUCUAAAGGAUAAAACAACUUAUGUCCACAAUAAAAAUUUUACACAGAAA